AUGAACUGGCUGAUACUCACUGUGGCCUUUGUUGCCGCACAGGGUGGCUUCAUCUAUGGGUUCGACUCUGGCAUCAUCGCAACAACCUUCGGCCAUGACAGCUUCAAGCGUAUCAUGUAUGGACCCGCCAUGAGGAACACGACGUACUCGGGCGCCAUCGUCUCGGUCUACAAUGCUGGACAAGCUAUCGGUGGGCUGACGACUGGAUGGCUCGCAGACAGGAUUUCGCGCAAAUACACCAUUCUCGUGGCUUCUAUACUCACUAUCGUGGGAUCCAUUCUUCAGUGCGCCGCGGUGCAUGUGGGUAUGCUCAUUGCCGGCCGUCUGAUUGCUGGUAUCGGAUGCGGUCAGCUGCUGUCAGUUGUACCCAUCUACCUCGCUGAAGCCGCACCUCCCACGAGACGAGGCUUUCUUGUUGGAACACAAGGUAUGAUGAUUGCUGUCGGGUUUGGACUCGCGAACUGGGUUGGAUAUGCCGGAUCUCAUGCCAGCGGGCAUGCGCAGUGGAGAAUUCCUCUCGCAAUGCAGCUUCCCAUCCCUAUCGUGCUCUGCGUCCUGGUGUUUUUCAUUCCAUUCUCGCCACGUUGGCUCGUCCUGCGUGAUCGUCACGACGAAGCCAAACGCGUCCUUGCUAGCCUCCACGGCACCGCCGACAACGAAGAAUUUCUCGAACGCGAACUCCUCCAGAUCCAGGAGCAAAUCCAGCUCGAGCGCGAGCAAGGAAACCUGGACUGGAUCACCUCCCUCAAAGCCAUGUUCUCGCGCAAGUACGUCCGUCGCACCCUGACCGCCGCCUUCAUCAUCACCAUGGGCCAGCUGUCCGGAUCCAGCGUGAUCCAGAACUUCCAGAACAUUUUCUACGCGCAGGUCGGCUUCACAGGGCAGACUUCGCUGCUCAUCAGCGGCGCAUACGGCAUGAUGGGCAUCCUGGGACAGGUCAUCUACCUGCUCGUCGUAGCGGACAGGUGGCCGCGCACGCGAACGCUGUGGUCCGGGUCCCUGGUCUUGAGCGUCAUGAUCGCCCUCCUCAUGGGUCUGAGCGCCGAGUUCGGCACGGGAGGCAGCACGAACCAGGCCGGUGCGCGCGGAGCCAUUGCGUCGAUCUUCAUCUACUCGAUGUGCUACGCGAUCUUCUUCAAUGCGAUGAUCUGGGUGGUGCCGUCUGAGUUGUUCCCCUUCUUCUUGCGAACGAAAGGCCUUGCGUUUGCGGUGGCGGUCAAGUCUAUGACGGCCAUCGUGCUGUCGCAGAUCACGCCUAUUGCUAUUGCGGAGGUGAGCUGGCGCUAUUAUUCUCUGUUCAUUGCGACGAAUCUUGCGGCCGCUGUGUUUUACUUCUUUUGCCUUCCGGAGACGUCUGGAAAGACCUUGGAGGAGAUUGCAGGUAUUUUCGGUGAUGACGUCGCUACGUAUGCCGAAGGGAAGGUGCUUGACGAGAAGGAUGGCAUUGAGGUUCGGGAAGUGGCAGGCACUCGAGCUUGA